AAGCAACGGUCAAUAUUUCGUCACGCGAUCACCGCAAAAGACUCACGAGAGAAGCCGGAAGGAUCCGCAGCAAAAGCAAUCGGCAAUUGUUCGUAAGGUGAUCACCGCAAAAGGCUCACGACAGAAGCCGUAGGGAUUCGCAGCAAAAGCAGUCGUCAAUUGUUCGUUACCGUGAGGCGAUCACCGCAAAAGACUCACGAUAGAAGCCAGAAGGAUUCGCAGCAAAAGCAACCGUCAAUAUUUCGUCAGGCGAUCACCGGAAAAGACUCAGGACAGAAGCCGCAAGGAUCCAUAGGAAAAGCAAUCGUCAAUUGUUCGUCAGGCGAUCACCGCAAAAGACACACGACAGAAGCUGCAAGGAUUCGAAGCAAAAGCAAUCGUCAAUUGUUCGUCAGGCGAUCACCGCAAAAGACACACGACAGAAGCUGCAAGGAUUCGCAGCAAAAGCAAUCGUCAAUUGUUCGUCAGGCGAUCGCCCGAAAAUACUCGCGACAGAAGCCGCAUGGAUUCGCAGCAAAAGCAGUCGUCAAUUGUUAGUUACAGUAAGGCGAUAACAGCAAAAGGCUCACGACAGAAGCCGCAAAGAUUCGCAGCAAAAGUAGUCGUCAAUUGUUCGUUACAGUGAGGCGGUCACCGCAAAAGACUCACGACAGAAGCCGCAAGGAUUCGCAGCAAAAGCAGUCGUCAAUUGUUCGUUACAGUGAGGCGAUCACCGCAAAAUACUCACGAGAGAAGCCUCAAGGAUCCGCAGCAAAAGCAAUCGUCAAUUGUUCGUGAGACGAUCACCGCAAAAGAUUCACGACAGAAGCCGCAAGGAUUCGCAGCGAAAGCAGUCGUCAAUUGUUCGUUACAGUGAGGCGAUCACCGCAAAAGACUCACGACCGAAGCCGCAAGGAUUCGCAGCAAAAGCAGUCGUCAAUUGUUCGUUAUAGUGAGGCGAUCACAGCAAAAGGCUCACGACGGAAGCCGAGGAUUCGCAGCAGAAGCAACCGUCAAUGGUUCGUCAGGCGAUCACCGUAAAAGACUCACGACAGAAGCCGCAACGAUCCGCAGCAAAAGCAAUCGUGAAUUGUUCGUCAGGCGAUCACUGCAAAAGGCUCACGACAGAAGCCACAAGGAUUCGCAGCAAAAGGAACCGUCAAUAUUUCGUCAGGCGAUCACCGGAAAAGACUCACGACAGAAGCCGCAAGGAUCCGCAGAAAAAGCAAUCGUCAAUUGUUCGUCAGGCGAUCACCGCAAAAGACUCACGACAGAAGCCCCAAGGAUUCGCAGCAAAAGCAAUCGGUAGUCGUUCGUCAGGCGAUCACCGCAAAAGACUGACGAAAGAAGCCGCAAGGAUCCGCAGCAAAAGCAAUCGUCAAUUGUUCGUCAGGCGAUCGCCGCAAAAGACUCACGACAGAAGCCGCAAGGAUUUGCAGCAAAAGCAGUCGUCAAUUGUUUGUUUCAGUGAGGCGAUCACCGCAAAAGACUCACGACAGAAGCCGCAAGGGUUCGCAGGAAAAGCAAUCGUUAGUUGCUCAUAAAUGAAGCGAUUGUGACUGAAACCAACCAAUAAUAUUUGGAGUAAGAGAUUGGAGAAAACCUUUUAGCAACACACAGAGAGCUUUAGACCCAGGUAGACCGUUUCUAAGUGUUCACCAAUAGUCCUUUGGAGGCAAGAGUCAUGGGUACAUUCGACUGAACAAACUCUGUCAGAGUCUUGUGGCAAGGUCCGUCUGCGUUAUCGUAAACAUCGACAGAGCCAUUUAAUCCUGUGAAAUGGAACAUCUUAAUAAAGUGAGAUAUAAUUUAUACGUACACUGGA